AUGUCUUUCAAAUCUUUCGAUAUUUCUACCCUUUACAGUGUUAAAGGCAAGAAUGUUCUCAUUACGGGUGGUGGAACCGGGGUUGGGAAGGGUAUGGCCAUUGGUUUCGCCAUGAACGGUGCCAAAGUCAUCAUCACCGGACGAAGAUUACAAGUCAUAGAAUCCACCGCUACUGAGAUCAAUGCAGCUUGUAAAGAACAAAAUUCUGGAGGAGAGGUUAUACCUGUUCAAGGUGAUAUCGCUACCAAAGCUGGUGUUGAAGCGAUAUACAACAUUUGUUCUCAAUUCAUUGACCGACUUGAUGUGUUGAUCAACAAUGCUGGAUUUUCGAGUAAUUGGAAAGUCCCAAGUAAGAUGAAGGAUGAUGUAGAGCAGCUUCAACAAAAAUUGUGGUCCAUCGAUGACGUGGACUACGCCAACAUGACCGCCGUCCAUGUCGCAGGUCCCUAUUUCAUGGGCGUGAAAUUCAUCCCCAUGUUCCAGAAAUCCGACAAUCCGGUAAUCAUCAACAUUACUUCUUUAGCGGCGGAAUUUAUGAACCGAGAAGUAUGCGAAUUCUCCUACGCUCAAUCCAAAGCAGCAGAACAACAACUCACUAAACUCAUGUCGGCCGCUUUGAUGCCUUUUAAAAUCCGUGUCAACGCCAUUUCUCCUGGUUUGUUCCGUAGUCAAUUGACAACUACUGCGCAAGGCUCUCUUUACCCACCUAUGCAACGUGCGGCAGAUGAGAUCAUACCUGCUCGUCGUCCGGGAAGUUGGGAAGAGAUAGCAGGUCCAGUCAUGAUGAUGGCUACACGUGCAGGUGCUUAUUUGAAUGGUGUAGCUUUGUCGGUGGAUGGAGGAUGGCUCUUGACUGAUUCAGCUCUUCAUGUCUGA